ACGCCGUGUCGUAACGUUUGUUAAGGUCACUGUUUACAUCAUUCAACGACUCUAACAAUAAGUCUUCUCUCUCUGAUGAUCUGCUGACAAACAGACACAAACUGGGUUAAAGUUCAGAGAUCAGAUUCUUCACAGGACGUCCUGCUUCUCAGCCAAUCAGAGCUCCGCCUGCCCCCCUGCGCCGGGCUCAGAGACGGGGCUGUUUGUAGAGUCGCAGCCUGAAAUAUUAACAGAAAAGAGACAGAGCGGAGCAUCGUGGUGCGUUCAGAGUCCUCGGUGUUCCUCCUCUAAACGGUCUGUGUUGAGUUUUAAAUGUGACAAACACAGUCAGAGCUCAACGUCGCCUUCAGUGUCAGUGUGCAUCGUAAAUCUGCCCUCAGACUGACAUCAGAAGAAGAUCAGUCAUCUCCUGAGAGCUGAAAACUGUUCUGACUUUGUAUUUGUAGGGAGAAGUUGGACAUUAGAGGAGCUGCAGUUAAAUAUACUCCAGAGGUGUCAACAUGUCCUUCUAGCUUCCUGCAGACCUGCUUUCUGGUUAUUUCUCUGUUGUUAAAGAAGAUUCUGUCUCGUCUGAUGUCGCGACACAGCAAGCUGCAGAAGCAGGUUCUGGCUCUGUACCGGCAGUUCCUGCGAGCCGGCCAGGACAAACCGGGCUUCAUCCCCCGGAUCCGCGACGAGUUCCGAGAAAACGCUCGUAUCAAGAAGACGGACGUGAUGCACAUCGAGUAUCUGUACCGACGUGGCCAGAGGCAGCUGGAGCAGCUGAAGGACACCAACACCAAACAGCUGGGCUCCUUCUCCAAACCCAAAGAGCAGAGCUGACCUCUGACCUCUGCACCACGUCAUGUGACCCUGAAACACACCGACAAAUACCUCACAAAGACAGUUAUCACUGAAAUAUCAUGCUGAGAUGCUGCGUUCAAGUCCACUGGGGAAACACAUUUCCUGCUGAGGCUGCUCAAUGUGAAAAAAAACAUGUGAUGUGAUAAACUUAAUUAAAGAGUGACAUGAACUGUGAUACAGACAUUUAACUGUCUCUGAAUAAACGUCGUUUGACUUCAUACAACUGUAACAAGAGACUCUGUAAUGUGGACAAAACUGUGAUGUGGAAAAAAUUAAUAUUGUAGUAAUUACCACAGUAAAAUUACCCAUAAUUCAGUGUGUUUAUAUGCACCAAGUAUCCUGGUUAAGGCUGGAGUACUCUGACAGAGACCAGGAUACUGUUGCCUGUAAACACCAGGGGCCACAUGCAUAAAACUCAGAAGCCAGAAGCCAGAAAUAUGCAGCUGUAUUCUUUUUUAUCAGAUUUAUAAAGCUGUGCGUACGCAGUCAUUGUGGAACUGGGCGUGUGAGCCUCAUUACUACUCCCACAAUAAACCAUUAAUGGAUGAAGAUGCCCUGAAUCAGCUGUUUCAUAUCAAUUCGCCGCCUGUGUUGCACCAGUGAUGAUCUCCUACAGCAGAACAGCUGUUAUUACAUAUCAGUUUCAUGCAUGUGGCUCCAGAUCCAGGUGUCUGAUCAUGUGACUCAUCAACUCAAGUAUCAAAGUAGUUAGUCAGUAAAACAAGAAACAUGAUGUAAUGAUGAUCAACAAGCUGAAAUAAAGGAAAGUCUGACUGAA